AUGAGUCAAAUCAAUUUAACCAAUAUCUCGCUUGAGAUCCGGGAUCUCAUCAUCGAGCUCGUCAUAACCACCAGGGUCUCAGUACCCAGAAGGCCGGCUCAAAUGCUAGGGCGUUUGAAAUCGGUCAAUCCGGAUAUUAACCCUCUAUCCAACGAAGGGUAUAUCGCGAACUCCCUCUCUCUCCUCCUCGUCAACCGGCAACUCCACGCUGAAACCAAGGCAGCAAUUGGCAGGUUUCUCAAAGGAGCCAAAGAGGAGACGGAAGCAGGCAAAAAGCGCCGAAACUUGACCUACACCUAUGAUAUAAUGCUUGUUGACGACUCCUACGUGUGGCCAUCCCAUAUCUGCGUACCGGCUCUAUCUUCACGAGUCGACAAUGCGGUUGUGACAAUUCAGGCCUUUGGAACCUGUCCAGUUACCAAAACAAGCUUGAGCGGCGUGAAUGCGUUCAGGAGUGACAUGGGCCCAUCAGAAGUACAAUGGGCCUUCUACCGCCCUCUAGUGAAUCUCCUCAGAGACGGCCCUGGCACAGAGAUGUGGACAAGCAAGAAGCCCACUCAACGCCCUGUCAUUGAAGCGUUGUCCCAACCAGGCGGCAGUAACAGAGGAAUCACCGUGGGUACUCUAAUACUGGACUUUCAAAAAUCCGUAGAUAACACCAUCACCGAUUAUAUUUUCUUUAAAUGGGCCGCUAAUCAGGAGGGUGGUCUUUUUCAACCAUGGAAAGAGUGCCGAGGCAUGCCGUCUCAAAUAGAUGGGUGGGAGGACGUCCAUCGAAUAGUCAUUCGGCCCGAAUGGUUGGUGAGUUACCUAACUAUGCGGCUUUCAUUUAUGCUGGGCAUGAGUUAUCAUACUUCGCAGUAUAGCUCGGUUUUAUUCGAAAGAAUUGGAAAGAUAGAAAUCCGAUUGGACGGGGCCAAUGUCAGAGUGAUACACAUUGCGGAGAAGCUGGAAAGACUGAAUUUCAAUCAUCCACGGGACACAUUUGGACAUCUCCCUUCUGAGGAGCGGAUAGCUGCGUUUCAGAAAUGGAAGAAGGAAGUCAUCCAGCUACGAAAGGACCGUGGUUUGCCGGUUGUGGAAUAA